UGCUCCCUCUUCAAAGACCAUACAACAGAAAAGUCUUCAAUAGAUCUUGAAGAAUCGAACCAAUAAUUCAACUUCUGAAUUUUUGUGAAGUGGGUGAUCAUGGAUGGUAGCAACCAGUUAUUUGAACAUCUGAGUAAUUUGAAAAAUAAACCAGAUGAUCAGUGGGUCAUUAUAGAAGGUAGUAAUGAAAUUUCUGAGUCAGUAUCAUCUGUUGAAUCCUUAGAAGAUUCAACAAACUCUGUAUCUUCUUCAUUGUUUGUAACGGAGUUGAUGGAGGAUGCAUCUUCUUCAGGGUCGUGUACAUCUUCUUCAUCAUCUUCAAAUGGACCUUUGUAUGAAUUAUCUGAGCUUGUUGCUCAACUCCCCAUCAAAAGAGGUCUUUCAAAGUUUUAUCAGGGGAAGUCUCAGUCUUUUACAUCUUUAGCAAGUGUGAAGAACCUGGAAGAUCUUGUAAAGAAGGGAGCUUCUUGUAGAUUAAAAAUGAAGUCUUGCAAGAGCUAUGCAGCUGGUUUGGAUGGCCACAAGUCAUACAGUCCUAAGGCUACUAUCUCAAAGAAGUCUUCAUUUACAAGAGGAUCGUUUUUAUCAUCAAUGGGUAAUAGAAGUAAUUUUGUGAAUGGUUGCAGGCCUUCAGUACAGAAGAACUUAUGACCUGGGCAAAACUAAUAUCGAAACUCGCAUGUUUUUUGUAGCAAGCUAGCUAGUUUUGGGUUUUCUGUACUAGUUAAACUUGAGAUGAUUUUGAUAUAUAAUUACAUUCUGAGGCUUUAUCUGCAUUCUUCAGUAA